UUUAGAUUUUUAAAAUUCUGUAAAAUGUAUACAAUUUUAGUUUGCAGAAAUUAGCAAAUGCAUUGUUGCAUAUUUUGAUCUGGUGGUCACAUGGUUUCCGAACAUAUUAGUCAUAAAAUUCUCUCUUUUGAAUCAAAAGUGUUGUAAAUGUACUUUAUUGUAUUUAUUUUGAUGCACAUAGACAUUUUUACCUAACAGCUGCAGUGAACGCAGCGGUGCUGUGUCAUCCUGUGCUGCAGGUGGCGCUAAUGUGUUUUCGCGAGCUGUGAGUAAGAAGAAAUAUGCGUUCGGUUCAAACCAUUGACUGUAUAUAAACCAACUAACAACUUGUAAACAAGAUGAAACAAGGUCCUCUGUACCAAAAGAACGUGUGAUUAUGUCUUAUUAAUAUUCUGCUGAGCUUUUAGUAAACGCAAGAGGUGAAAUAUAAAGUUAAGCAACGUUAGGAAGUGGAUAAACAGCGCAUGAACGGUCAUAGACAUGUCAAAAUCGGAGAAGAGCAGAGAAACGGAGAAGAAUGAAUUUAUUUAUCAGCACAAAGAUAAACUCAUUCAGGCUGUGAGGGAAAACACCUUCCUGGUCGUUACAGGUGAAACUGGCAGCGGAAAGAGCACUCAGCUGUCUCAGUGCUUGUAUAAAGCAGGAUUGGUGUGACUCAGCCCAGGAGGGUUCCCCAGAGGGUGUCCCAUGAGAUGGGGGUCAGGGUGAGUGAGGAGGUGUGCUUCGAUGACUGCUCUACAAAGGAGCGAGGCUCGGCAGAGAGAAGGCAGGGCUGGACGAACCUCAGCAGGAAAAUGCUUCAGGAUUUACAGUAAAGACUUCUGGGACACAUGUUUGCCUGAGUACACCAUUCCAGAGAUUCAGCGGACCAGUCUUACAUCUGUCACUCUCACACUGAAAUGUCUCGGUAUCCCUGAUGUGAUUAGAGUUCCUUACCUGGACUGUCCAAAGGAACGGUUUAUCCUGACCGCUCUGAAGCAGCUGCAUCAGUAUGAUGCUAUUGACAGGAGAGGUCAACUGACCAGGCUGAGGAGGUUGAUGGUGGAGUUUCCUCUUCCUCCAAAUCUUACUCGUGCCAAACACUUGCUUUAACUUCUUUUAUUCAGCUCUUUGGUCAAGAAUUGCAUCUGGAUUGGAUCAUCUUCCAUGACGUGUUGGUCACCUCACGGGUGUACGUGAGAACAGUUUGUCCCAUCCGUUACGAGUGGGUAAAGGACAUGUUGCCGAAGCUGCAUUAAAUCGACGUCUAUGAGCUGAGUAGUGUUGCUAGGGAAGAGGUAACCGAUGAAGAGGCGGCGCAGUGGGAGAAGAAAGUGGCAGCAAAAAGACAAGCAGAAGUCACAGGAUGCGACAAAGAAGCUGGAAAAGCGAAAUGAUGAAAGUUCAAUCACAGAGGCUCGCGCUCGCUAUUUGGAGCGAAAACAGCAUCGGUUGCAAAGAAAGUGCAUAUGAGAGGAUCAAAUAUUCACCACAGAUACUGCAGCUGCUGAAUACAAAUAUGAAAGACUUUAUAAUCUCAGAUUUUCAGAACAUAAUCCUCGUUUACUGCCACAGCACUCUGGUCCCUGUGGAUUUUGAAUAUGGCUCUUGAGUCAUAACAUGUAAUAAACAUUUUAUGUAAAUAAAUUGUUUGGGUUUGUUUU